GGCGACACUUCCACCAAAUUUGUUCCUUGCCCUUCUUGGUUGUGUCCUUGUUUGCGCAAAGCGACGACGCGCACCUUGCUCCCCACCACCAACCUUGCCACCAACCCCUGCGCCCAACGCAACUCCCUCCAUCACCACUUGCACCUUGACCCUUCGCAUUGAUUAGCCAGCCCAUCCUUUCUGAGUCAAUCUGCCUGCGUCUGGCCGAUCCAAGAACAAGUUGAUACGCAUUGAAAACUGCGUUUGAGUCCAUUUUUCGGCUGACGCACGCGGCGUACACGCAAGCUGUCGAUAUCGUUUCUGAUUUUAUUUUUUUAUUCUUUUUGGGCUUCACCAUCAUCAUGAUGAACACCCCAGUCUGCCGCUCAGGCAAGCGCACUGUCACACAAGCACGCAACGCCUUGCAAGAAUCCGAAUCUUGCGGGGUCGCUGCCAAACGCUCGGCCACUUCACACAGCAUCCCCGCUGCAGAGGUUGAAGUUGAGGCCGCAUCCGCGCCGACCACGGCCGCCCCCACCACUGCCACUUUGGCCUCGUCUGCGCACCCGAGCGCUACACAACAACAGACGCUGCUGGAACUACAGGUGGUCCAUGCUCUGUCACAAAACGUGGAUGUUUUGGUGCGCAAAAUGCGCUUGGCGGCUCUGCACCUACGGCUGGCGCACCCCAUUUAUGCGCCAGGCGUCCUGGAACAGCGUCUACCUCUGCUUCUUCGGCGCUGCUCUGUCGUGGUUCCUGGCCUUUUGCAAGAACAGCAGGCAGAUGACGGCGAGCUUGGCAAUGUCAUUCGCAUCCUGACCUGGAUUCGCAGUCUUCUUCAUGUCGCGGGCCAGCCACACGGCAGCCCCCCUCUCACCACACUUUCCCUCUUGGCCAAUGACGACAUCCACCCCCGCUCCACAGACGACUGCAGCUGCAUCAGCAUCUUCAGCAUCUUCAGCAUCUUCAGCAUCAGCAUCAGCAUCUUUGACAGCGACCAGUGCGCAGGCACCGACACGAACCGUCACCUCGCAGACUCAGACUGGCGUCUCAUGGAUCCAAGCCUUGCGCAUCCUUCCCUUGCAUCUUCUUGCUGA